AUGAUUCUGUAUUUAAACCUCCUGGUACUGAUCCUCCUGCAGCCGGCUUCUUCAAGCCCAAGACCACAGACCACACCGGCCAGGGGAUGUCUGACCUGCAAAACAAAGCCCACAAAGGCUCAGCCGCCUGUGGAGUCAAACUCCACGGCUCUGGCUGCUGGAGAGCUUUGUGGAGUCUACACUUUGAGCUGCGCCAAUGGUCUACGCUGUGCUCCUCCUGAGGAUGAGGCGAGGCCCCUCCGUGCUCUGCUGGAGGGCAGGGGAGUCUGCAGCAACGGCAGCAGCCUCAGCCCGACAGAAACCACCCAGACAGUAGGUGAGAAUCGAACUGUGUGCCAGUGAAUGAGUAGAGAUGAAUUUUUUUAUCAAGGGGUUUGGGGUAAGGAUAGAUCAGCAAACAGUUACCUACUUAGUUCUGCAGUUUAUGACUCAAAGUCCUUGUAAUCCAAUUUGUAUUGUGGUUACGAGUCAGUGAUAGUCAACAGGCAACCACAGAAACACAGAAACACACACCUGUGAUUACACACACAGCCUCUUUUUCCACAAUUAAACUGUUCAGUCUAGUCAGACAAGCUAUCACAGAUACCCAUUGGUAUGAAGAGAUGAAGUGAAAAAAAAAAAAAUCCUCAAGGUUGUUUGAAAAGGUUUCAUCCUUCAUUGAUCACUGUACAAAUAGAGAAUUAUUUCUGUAGGAUAGAUUUAAAAUACUUUUUGUGCUCUCAGUAUAUCACUUUACUACAAAGAAAGCUGUUUUCAAGGAGUUGAUGAACUGCAAUAACCGAAUCUGACUGAACAAUGACAGAAAUGUUUCCUAUAUUCUUAAUAAGUAUUGGUAAAGCGGUGCAUGAUCAGUUCUAAUUGUGUUUGUCUUUGUUCGCUCCUAGACCCAGCACCUACUGAGGAUCCCAAUGAGGUAAAAAAAAACGUCUCUUAAAAUGAAAAAUGAAAGCAUGCUCUCCCCUACACGUACCUGAUCCUCUCUGUCUGUGCCUGCAGGCUCCUUGUCGCAAACUUCUGACUACUCUUAUCAAAGGUCUUAAUGCUCAUUUGUUUAACCCACAACAUGACAUCUACAUGCCCAACUGUGACAAGCGAGGUUUCUUCAGAAAGAAGCAGGUGAGUUUUCAUGAUGUACAGAAAAUUACAGCAUGCAACAUUUAGAUACGUAUUUGUGUUUCCAGCUGUGAAUGCAUUUGCUCUGUGUGUGCAGUGUUGGUCGUCUCGCGGUAAGCAGCGUGGAAAGUGCUGGUGUGUGAAUCAGAACGGCAUGCCAGUUACCUCAACGAGAAACAAGGGCCACCUGAGCUGUUAG